AUUCCUAAAGGCUCGAGAAACUUUUCUUUAGGCUUUAAUUCUCUAUCUAUUUGCAAGGCGUGGAGGGAGAGGAGGAGGCGAUGGCGGGCAUCGCCGGAUUCUUCACGCGCAAAGAGCCGGCGGAAGAGAAUCAGGUUCCAUUUUGGAGCAAUCCCGAGCGAGCUGGUUGGCUCAUGAAGCAGGGAGAGUACAUUAAAACUUGGAGAAGACGCUGGUUUGUUCUUAAGCAAGGAAGGCUUUUCUGGUUCAAGGAGAGCACUAUCACUCAGUACUCUAGACCACGAGGAGUGAUUCUUGUGAGCGGAUGUCUGACUGUGAAAGGAGCCGAGGACGUUCUAAACCGGCAGCACGCAUUUGAAUUGUCCACGAACAAGGAGACGAUGUAUUUUAUCGCGGACUCGGACAAGGAAAAAGAGGACUGGAUCAACUCUAUCGGGAGAUCAAUCGUCCGGCACUCCAGGUCCAUAACGGAGACGGAGGUUCUCGACUAUUAGCUAAGUAAUGGCGUCGGUUCUCUCGUUUGGAUUAUAUAAUAGCUUGCGUGGCUAAGAUGAAGUGUGUGUACAGUAGGCAGCAGCCCGUCUCUCAAUUUAUCUAUCCCUGGAAACUUCA